CGCCUGCAGAUAGCAAGCGAUGGGAAUGACAUUUCAGAUUUGAAGGAACGGGACGCAGUUUUUUUCGGCCGGUAUCAGAAAAGUUUGGGAGUUAAAAGCGUUGGCUUACUAGGAUGUCGGAGGAGUGGUGCCGCGAGAAGCUCGAGAAGCUGCAGGUGAGCGAGGAACGUAUGAACACACUUGAACAGAUCCGCGACCAUCUGACGCAGAACCCCAGCCUGGAGGCUGCGGUCACAAGGAAUUUCCUGGUGUCCCCUGAGUUUUUCAGCUGCGCUGAUGAGACCUGCGGAAGUGAACAAGUCGCCUUGACCUGCGACAUUCUGACCAUUUGCCUCUCGCAUUUGGACUUGGACACGCCUAACUUUUCGCGUCUCCUUGAACCCUCGCUCAGCCACCAGAACCAGAAUGUGCGGCUCCUGGCCCUCAACGAGCUGAUUCGCAUCCUGCACAGGCGACCCGAUAUCAAUACGUUCAAUGAAAACCUCACAAUUGCUGUGAUCAAAUGCCUCGAGUCGCAGCUGACCACAGUCGGCUCGGCCGCCAUUGAAAUCCUUUCUAAGAUUCUUUUGGUUUCCUACAAGGAGAAUGCCAUCAAAACCAAUCUACUGCAGCUGCUGGAGCAAAGGGACGUCGUGCGCUGCCGAGUGUACGAAGUGGCUGUGAAUCUGGCACGGGCCAGCCCCGAAAUGCUCGAUGAAGUGGAGCCGAUCAUAUCGCGGAUGAUUGGCGAGUUGGACAGCGACGAUAUCCUGUUUAAGCUGAAUCUCUUGGAGCUAUUGGUCAUCUUGGCCGAACAGAAUCAUGGCGUGGUUUACCUGGAGGAAAAGGGUGUAUUCCAAUUGGUCACGAGGCAAGUGGAGGAGGUGAGCAAGCAUCCGCUGGGAUCUAUCUUGAUUCCGGGGUAUAUGAAGUUCUUCGGGAAAAUUGCAUACUCACAGCCUCAGCGGAUCAUUUUGGGUUACCCGAGGAUGGUCCAUUCGUUGUUCGAUUGCAUUCUGGCUGGUGAAAUCGGGGCAAUGCCAACCGCAUUAGAUACGCUUGGAAAUCUCGCUCACUCUUCACAAGGUAAGAUCAUCCUCGACUCCACGUACUCAGAAAGAAUGCGGGAAGCCCUGGAAUCGCUCGGUCAUUCGUUCCGAAACUACCCGACAGACCUCAAGGUGCGCGCGUUCAACGCUUUCGAAGUUGUGUUCAAAACGGAGGGGAUAGCGAGCAAUGAGAUUAUCGAAAUAACCAAAAAAUGGCACCAGCAACUCACCGGCUAUGCAGACUUCCGUUUCCUAUUGGAAUUCUCAAAGAAUCCCUUCCCCGACAUCAAAAUCGCGUGUCUCUCACUGGUGAAGACGUUGUGCACGUAUCAAUGGGGAAUCCUGGCGCUUAGAGACACUGCCGGGUUCGUGGAAUUCCUGAUGGAUCGACGUGUGGAGUUCAACAAGGACGCAUUGUUCCUGAAGUACGAUAUCAACGGCAUUCUGGCGAACACAGCAGACGUAUUCGAUGCACAUACCCUGCUGCAGCUGAAGCGGUACGUCGAGGACGGGGUGUUGUACAUUGAAGGCGUCAUCGAGGUGGCCGUGGACGGAUCUUGACGCGACUUCAAUGAGUUCCUGAAAUUCUCGGUUUAUUAUGGAUGCGAUAAGUGAUGGCUCCAAGAGCGUUUGUUAUGAUUAUGCAAGUUUGUGAAUGAAAUUGUGAUUUUUGAAAAAAAAAUAGAUGGUUCGAUUCUCGUCUUUCAAUAA